AUGAAGGUGUCGCGGAAAACCGGGCAGGUGGUGGUAGUGAAGCAGAGGCAAGCGGCCAAUGCCAGGGAAAGGGAUCGGACACAAAGUGUUAACACCGCCUUCACUGCCCUUCGCACACUGAUACCCACAGAGCCGGUGGACAGGAAGCUCUCCAAGAUAGAGACUCUACGGUUGGCGUCUAGCUACAUCUCCCACCUGGCUAACGUGCUGCUGAUAGGGGAGGGCUGCGAAGAUGGGCAGCCGUGUUUCAGUACGGUGUACAGACCCCGGGAAGAGUCGGAAGGAAAACUGCCACGCAGCAUUUGCACGUUCUGCCUUAGCAACCAAAGGAAGGGGGUAAGUUUAGGGGUUAAUACAAAAUGA